AUGGCUGCGCGGUACAUACCGCCGCGCUCCCUGAGCCAGCAUCGAGCCUGCAAUAACAAUACUAACAGCGAAGGCUCGAUUCCUCGCAGCGUGCCUGUCCCACUGAGCAACAUGCCCCCGCGCGUCUCCGCCGCGGACCUCUCGACGACUUCGCAUCAUCCUCAGCCGCUGCCAACCCCCAGCAAAUCCGGCUCUCCUCUUCCUGCCAACCUUUUCCCCUCCGCCCCAGCCUCGCCGCCGACUCCAGCGCCCAGUCCAACACCACACCACAGCCUGUCUCGCUGGCAUCCAGCCGACGAAGACGAGGAGGAGUCUGGGAAUAAUUUGCUGCUAAAGGCUCAGAUCCACUUUAGCUCACUGGGCAGUGCCCAGAAACAGAAAUUCCUAGUCGAUAUUCUAAAUCUCUGCGAUAACCAACAACUCAGUUUCAUUUCCAGCGUGAUUGGCCCUCGGUUGAGGAAAGACCCUUUUCAGACCUUCCCGAAUGAAAUCUGCCUGAGGGUGCUCUCGUUUAUUGACGACCCCCGGACUCUCGCUCGAGCUUCGCAGGUUUCGAAGCGGUGGCACGAACUUCUCAACGACGACAUCACGUGGAAACACUUGUGUGAUCGACACGCUUACGCUUAUCGGAGGAUGUCUGACGACGAGCGGGAUUUCCUGGAUCCUUUCCACAGCAGACGACUUUCGUCAUGGAGCUCUGAGAGUCAUACUUCGCUGAACUGGAGGAGACGAUCGACGUCAUCCGCUACAGAAACUACAGACGCAAUGUCUUCAGAUGAGCAUAUGGAGUUAUCGUGGCCGAUGACGCCGUCCCAGCGACACCGUGUCCAGCCGUCAUCCUACCGAAUACAUUUUAAGCAGAAAUAUAUGGUUGAGUCGGCCUGGAAUAAAGGCGGGCGCUGUUCGCUAAGACACGUCACCCCUGACCAGGGAGUCGUGACGAGUCUGCAUUUAACGCCAAAGUAUAUUGUGGUUGCGUUGGAUAAUGCGAAAAUACAUGUUUACGAUACGAAUGGCGGCAGACAACGCACUCUGCACGGCCAUGUCAUGGGUGUUUGGGCCAUGGUUCCUUGGGACGAUUUAUUGGUUAGCGGCGGCUGUGACCGCGAGGUUCGGGUGUGGAACAUGGUUACGGGAGCUUGCACUCAUCUACUACGCGGCCACACGUCGACAGUGCGGUGCUUGAAAAUGUCAGAUAAGAACACGGCGAUUUCCGGGUCCAGAGACACUACCCUGAGGAUAUGGGAUCUUGUCACUGGAAACUGUCGUGCGGUGUUGGUUGGCCAUCAAGCUAGCGUCCGAUGUUUAGGCAUCCACGGCGAUCUGGUUGUGUCGGGGAGCUACGAUACGAUGGCUCGUAUAUGGAGUAUUUCAGAAGGACGGUGUCUGCGGACACUGACUGGCCAUUUCAGUCAGAUUUACGCAAUUGCUUUUGACGGCCGCAGAAUCGCCACGGGAAGCCUGGAUACGAGUGUGCGGAUAUGGGAUCCUCAAACGGGCCAAUGCCAUGCUGUGUUGCAAGGCCACACGUCGCUUGUUGGACAGCUGCAGAUGAGAGGCGAUACAUUGGUUACCGGUGGCUCAGACGGCUCAGUGAGGGUCUGGUCGUUGAAUCGCAUGGCGCCAAUCCAUCGACUCGCCGCUCAUGACAAUAGCGUGACGAGUCUGCAGUUCGACAGCACGCGCAUCGUCAGCGGUGGCAGCGACGGCCGUGUCAAGGUCUGGGACCUCAAAACCGGCCGCCUUCUGAGGGAACUAUCCACUCCAGCGGAGGCUGUAUGGCGAGUGGCAUUUGAAGAUGAAAAGGCUGUGAUCAUGGCCAGCCGGGCUGGCCGCACGGUAAUGGAGGUCUGGUCCUUCGCUCCCCCCGCCGAAGACCUAUUCGACGAUAAUGUCGUCGUCGAAAGCGCCUCAAGUACGCCGGGUCUACGACCGAAAGAACCCAAAACCGACACCUCCACCUCAACCAAAAUGUCAACCGAAAUGGACGCCAAAACCAGCCAGCCACACCUCUCCGACCCGCCUCCCGAGAUCUCUCUCGACGAAACAUCAACAUCAGCAUCAAUCGAGGAAUCUAACGACUACGCUAUGACGGAUGCUUCUGCUCAGUAUCGCAAUGAUGAAUUAUAG